AUGGCCUCUUUAUUCACUAAGCGUCUGACCUGCUUCUAUUGUGGGCAGCGAUCUGCUCGAUCUCAACGUGGGCCUGUCCGCAAUUUCCGCUGCGAGCACUGCGAGGCUGACAAUUUUUUGGACGAGGUGAGUUCCUUGGACUUUUUCCCACAAAGGCCCAAAACGGCUGUGGUCACUAAUGCCGAAGUUCAUUCCCCCGGCGCAUCAAGUCCAUCGUUCGAAUCGGCAGAUCUAGGCGGACAGCCAUUAUUCUGUGCUCAGUGCACUCGCAAUCAGCAUCUAUUUACAAGCUCACUGGCUUCCUACUUUCCUCCCUCCGACGAUCCUACCGACAGCGAAUAUGAACGCGGGUAUGAGCAGUUCCGUCGAAGCCUUGAGGACCGGUAUCCCCAGGUUUGUGAAGCCUGCGAACCUAUCGUGAAAUCGCGCAUCCGACGAGCCGGCUACGAAGCCAAGUCAGAUCAUCUACGGCGCAUGAUGGAUCAAAGUAGGGCGAACCGGGAAUCGCGACAGGCUAGAAACCGGAGCUGGAGGAGUUUACUUCUCGUUUUUGGCGCAUGCUCAUACUGGACAAGUAUUACUGGUCAGCUUGCGUGGGAUCUGGUUAGUUUGGUGACACUCGCUCAAAGCCCGCAAGGCUUUGAUGAUGAUGAGCCUAACACUUUUCUCUCGUGCGUUACAAAGUCUGUUUAUACACAGCGCAUUCCUAGCGAUUGCUCCCUAGACCUAGCUCCAAAUGCUGGCCUGGCGUUAAUUGCGGGUGCACUUUCUCUGUGGUGGAACCCGAAGCUGCGCCUGAAGAUUGAUGGAAUGCCCGGUAAAUUUGGCGGCCUUGCAGAGUAUUAUCAAACACAGCUCAUCGUCAUGGUGGUGCGGUGCGUAUUUUGGGCAGUGCUCAAAGAUCCAUCUGCCAGUGGAUUGGAAUAUGAUCUGCCUCUGGCUUUGCAUGCGUUAAUGAUGGUUUUCACAAUUUUGUCGGUUUUGUUCUCCAGGCAUGUUGUAAGCUACAAGAGUCGUCCACUGGUCAAUUGGUCUGACAAUAGCUGGGAGACUCGACUCGAAAAUGCCACAGCGUCCUCCCCGACACAGGUCGGGUCACCUGUAUCGACUCAAAUCACCAGAUCGGGAGGCACACCGCAGGCGAAUGGAACUGGAUUCAACCCGCGGUUCCCAAUUGACAAAUUGGCUCCACGUCGGCCACUCGUUGAGCAGUCGCUUGCAGUCGCAACUACCAGCGAAGACAACGAUAGCAUGGACUGGUCUCCUUCUGUCACUCACAAUCUUCGACCGACAGUAACACAGCGAAAUCAGCCGUCGGUGCUUAGUGGUCCUCAUCCUUUUCAGGGCCAGGUUCCACCGGCCCCAGCACCUCCUUCGUGGAAACUUCGCACUCAGACGUCGACCAAACCUAUUGAACAAGUGAUCCAGCCCAACCCAUUCCAUCGUAGUCCUUCCCAGGCACAAGGCCAUUGGCAGCAAAAGUCUGCUGACGCAGAGCCAUUAUUCAAACCGCCGAAGUUCUUUGCUCCUCGUGAUCAUGAUACAUCCACUGGGCUGGAAACAUUGUUCGAUCGUGCCUUUAAUUUCCAACCCGAAGAUGCUCAGGGAUCUAGCUGGAACCAGCACACAUAUAGCCAGGGCUCUGCACGUCUUGUUGAGACGCAGAACUAUCUGUUUUAUGCCUGUCUCCGACUGGGAUUGCUAGUUGCAUUCAUCAGUGCUUGGACUUUCUCGCAAAACCACCAAAUAUUAUUACCAGGAAAUUACGUGGAAAUUGCAGCCCUGGGUGUUGCCAGCCUUGUUGCUGGAUUCGCGCUGAUCGACAUGGUGAAAAGACCCCUUGCGCAAUGGAAUGGCACGGAAAUUUUGAUUUCAAUCACCGAACUUGCCGCAGUGAUUCACAUGGGAGCGCAUUUGCCAACUGUGUCCCUCAACCGAGACUACUUCGAUCGCUACGGCAAAUCACUUCUGAUCUUCAUGGUCGCACAAGAGGCCCUCAAUGUGUUAGCUUUCUAUAGAGCGACGAAAUUGGAAACUCAGCCGCAAUCAGAAUCUGUCUCGCCAACCCCACAACAGUCACCGAAUGCAAGCCAUUCAACUGCUCUUGACUGGCCUUCAAAUGAACCUUCAACACAUUCCACACCUAAUGCUCUGUCUCGUGUUAGCAGUCCACCUGUGCACCGCUCAUUCGAGGCUCCGUUUCCUGCUGCUGCGCUUUCAUUCGGAGAUACAGAGGCAGCCUCUAGUUUCUCAUCUACAUUGCCUUCCGUGCCGCAAUACGGGCUUGCUUCGUCUCGAACGAUUCACUCGUUCCCGCCUGCCAGCCAAAAUCCAUUCCAGCAGACCGAGAACCCGCAUAGUUUUACCAUGGAAUCUCUGAAGCAAAUAGAUUCCGCGUCUGAUUACGAGCAAGACUCUGAUAACGACACUAUCGCCACAACCACCACCACUGCUACGAAUUUCACCAACCGUAAUAUUCGGUAUGGAAACAACAAUGGCCUGGGGUCAAGUGCCUUCUUCUCGCCUCGCCGGUCUGGUCUGGGAUCCGGCAUGGGUGGUUUAAGCUUGGAUGAUGAUCCGACCCCUCGCCGCAUGACCCGCAGUCAGACUCAGCAUGGGGUUCUUGGUAGACGCCCGUCUAGUUAUAUCCGAUAA